AGACUGUCUUGCCACCAAGCAGGAGAAGCACUGCAUUCUAACAUUCUUGCCCCAUCCACAGGCUCUGAAGGAUGAUGAUGAAGAUGUUGAGACCGGUCUCACUGCAGAAGGGAAGGAAGAAGAGAAGGAAGAGGAGAAACUUGGAAAGCUACAGUUUUCUUUGGAUUAUGACUUCCAGAACAAUCAGCUCAUUGUGGGCAUCAUUCAAGCUGCUGAGCUACCAGCUCUCGAUAUGGGAGGGACGUCUGACCCCUACGUGAAGGUAUUCCUACUGCCCGACAAGAAGAAAAAGUAUGAAACCAAAGUUCACCGAAAGACACUGAACCCUGUUUUCAAUGAGUCCUUUAUCUUCAAGGUAAUAUUUUAUUUCAGGGUCUCAGUAAAAUCUGAAUCCAUAAAUGACAAUCACUGUCCAGUAUCUCCCCACACCAGCCCAGGGAUCCUCUCCUUGUCACUGAGAUUAGAUGCUACAUCUCAAUGUUGAUUACAUCAUGUUGAU